AUGGAUCCUCCCGCUACAGCAAACUCAACUGCGUCAGUUGCGCCAGCUACACCUGAACUUACAACACCCGAAUCACCCGCCGUACAAGAAUCUACGCAGCAAACACAGACAGUACAGGAUGCCACUCAACAGGCACCUGCGACACAAGACUCGACACUUCAGGUGCACCCAGAGAACGAGCCUCCACGACCAAGUUCAUUGCGGUUGACUCCUCAUCAGAGAAAUCGCUGCCACCACCAGCUUACGCGCGAUGACAGACUUCGAGUAAAGACACUCUCUGAGGCCGGGCAUCCAAGAACGUUCAUAGCUUCCCAUCUUGGCAUAUCCGAGUACCAAGUCAGAUACGCAAUACAUGCGCCUCUAUCACCCAAGAAGAGGACUGGUAGACCUCGAAAGAUGAGCCAAGAGCAAGUCGAGGAAUUGCUUGAGUUUGUGCGGAAGAAUGGCCCUGAGAACAAAAUGACCUAUCCUGCUCUGGCUCGCCAUUUCAGUCACUGGAACGUUUCUGAGCACACCAUCCGUCACGUCAUGAGGCGCAAUAAAGAUAAAAUACGAGGUUGUGAACUGUGA